GUGCGCUAUUGCCACUCGCUGAGCGACGAGGAGCGCAAGGAGCUGCGCAUAUUUUCGGCGCAGCGCAAGCGGGAGGCACUCGGACGUGGAGCUGUGCGGCUGUUGUCCGAUGAAAGGCCCUGCAAGGGGUGCGAUGAACAACUCUCCGGCGGUGACAUUGUGGUCUUUGCCCAGCGCUUGGGCGCCCAAUUGUGCUGGCAUCCCGGCUGCUUUGUGUGCAGUGUAUGCAAGGAGCUGCUCAUGGACUUGAUAUACUUUCAGCGCGAUGGCAAUCUCUACUGUGGCCGACAUCAUGCCGAAACCCAGAAGCCGCGUUGCUCCGCUUGCGAUGAGAUCAUCUUCUCGGAUGAGUGCACGGAGGCCGAGGGUCGCACCUGGCACAUGAAACACUUCGCCUGCCAGGAGUGCGAGCACCAGUUGGGCGGCCAGCGUUAUAUAAUGCGUGAGGGCAAGCCAUAUUGCUUGGGCUGCUUUGACACCAUGUUCGCCGAGUACUGUGACUACUGCGGCGAGGUCAUUGGUGUAGAUCAGGGCCAGAUGAGCCACGACGGGCAGCACUGGCAUGCGACGGAUCAGUGCUUCUCGUGUUGCACGUGCCGCUGCUCGCUGCUGGGUCGUCCGUUUCUGCCACGCCGUGGCACCAUUUACUGUUCGAUAGCGUGCAGCAAGGGCGAGCCACCAACGCCAUCGGACACGAGCUCCGGUCCACAGCUACGGCCGACGCAUCGCGCCUCCACUUCCAGUCAAAUUGCGCGCUCGCCGCGACGCACAGCUGAUUCGGCGGGGCGUGGAAAGGCUGGUGUGGGCAAUGGACAUGGUCAUGGUGGCAAGACUGCGGGCAGCGCAGGGGAUUUACUAGAGCGGCAGGAGCGCAAGCGCAUGGAGGCUGCGGGCGUAGCCGAUCUGCUGCUGGGUGGCUGUGUGCCUGGCAUGCCACGACCCGCCCAUCCGCCGCCCAUAGAUCUUACGGAGCUGGGCAUCAGCCUGGACAAUAUCUGCGCAGGCGACAAGUCUAUUUUUGGAGACACACAGCUGACGUCUUCCAUGCCAGACAUGCUGCUGUCCAAAGCAGAAGAUUCGCAUAGCUAUCAAAGCAUAGACAAGAUCAAUUUGAACUCGCCUAGCAACUCGGACAUGACGCAAAGUACCCAGGAGCUGGGCAACGAGCUAGAGCUGGACAACGAAUCAGUGCGCGAGCUGGAACUGCCACAUGAUGGCUACGAACAACUCUUCGCUGCCAAACAGAACGAGAAGGAGGAGCAACAGCAGCUGGACAAUCGGCCGCCGCUAAAGGAGGUUCGCUUCCACAGCGUGCAGGACACGAUGUCCCGGUCGAAGAGCUACACGGACAACUCGAAUGCGAGACGUCGGCGCCGACGACGCAAUCAAUCGCGCAGUUCCUCUGAGAUGCAGAUCAAUCAAACGAAUCUGCGACUGCACAAUGCCCAAACACAAGCUGGCGGCGGUGCUUUGAAUCUGCUUAACAAUCUGGACAAUUGCGACGUGGCCAGCAUUUGUUCCACUUGCUCCUCGAGCUCUUCCAGCGAUAUGGAUGACUACGUCUAUCGGCUGCCGGCCCGCAAGCAUUAUGGCGGCGUGCGUGUUGCCUAUGUGCCCAACGAUGCGCUGGCCUACGAGCGCAAGAAGAAGCUUGCCCAGUCGGGCGAUAACAAUGGGCAGCUGGGCAACUCGGCCGGCAGCUGUUUGGGCGCCCAAUCAACAAUGCCAGCAAUCAUGCACGAGAGCAAGAAUUGCACAAUAUCAUGACCACCUCCAAUGCUGCCGCCGCCGCCGCUGAAUCUCAGCAGCUAUUACAUCCUGGACACCAUACUCGAGGAGCAGAGCCUCAGCCUGCUGCCCGAAAAGAAGCCGGGCUGCCUGAGGCGUGUCUGGAACUUUUUCGGGCUGGGCAAAUCGCGUCCAGGCAAUGCACAGCGUCUAUAUAGCGUCUAAAACUGGCUGGCAAUUGUGUAAAUAGACAUAUCGAUAAAUACUAUAUAUAUAUAUAUACAUAUACAGAC